AUGGCUGACACUAUUAUCUCUCUUGUUGUUGAGAGAACUGGUGAUCUGCUGAUUCAAAAAAUUGUUUUCCUGAAAGAUGUUCGAGGCCAAGUUGAGAGACUUCAAAAUUAUCUGGUCCGGAUGCGGUGUUUCCUGAAAGAUGCUGAUCAGAGGCAAGAUGAAGAUGCGAGGAUCCGCAACUGGGUUUCUGAAAUCAGAGCUGCGGCCUACGAUGCGGAGGAUAUCAUUGAGAUCUUUGCCAGCAAAAUUGAAAGUAUAAAAGAUAAGGGAUUUGUGACUAGAUUGGCAUACUAUCCCUGGCGGAUGGUGAGCCUCAACAAGAUCGGUAAAGAGAUUGAGUCCUUACAGACAAGGCUCGAUGACAUAGCUGCUAGCCGCGAAAAGUUUGGUAUCAAAAAUCUUGGGGAGGGAACGAGUACACAUGGAGAAGAGCUACAACGGCUCCGGCGGUCCUCUCCUCUCAGCGAGGACAAGGAUAUUGUGGGCUUCGAGAAGAUAACAAAAUCCCUGGUGGCAGAACUUUUGAAAGCGGACAGAAACCGCCGCGUGGUUUCAAUCAUUGGCAUGGGAGGUGCUGGUAAGACAACUCUAGCCAAAAAAGUUUAUAACCAUGCUGAUGUUAGGGAGAGAUUCAACUGUCGUGCUUGGGUAUGUGUCUCUUCAAGCUACGAUUACAAAAAGAUGCUGAGGGCAAUCAUAAAGCAACUGAAUCCAAUAACUAAUGAGCUACUUGACAUGUUGGAAAAGAUGGAAGAGGAAGACUUGGAACGAAGGCUCUAUCAAGAUCUACAAGACAAAUGUUAUCUUGUGGUGCUUGACGAUGUAUGGGAGGAAGCAGCGUGGGAUUGUCUUGCCAGGAGGGCCUUUCCUGAUGUUGGCACAUCAAGUAGAGUGCUACUUACAAGUCGCAAUCGGGAUGUUGCCCAACACGCUGAUGCUUAUAGACACCCGUAUGAGUUGAAAACUUUGGGGCAGGAAGACAGCUGGCAUUUGUUCCUCAAAAAGGCCUUAGGCGACGGAGCUAAUGCUGGGUGUCCUCCAGAUUUGGAAGAAGUAGGCAGAGAGAUCGCAAGGAGAUGUGGCGGUCUACCACUGGCCAUAACGGUUAUAGGUGGCCUGCUACUAGGCAAGAAUAAGUCGAAGACUGUAUGGGAGGAAGUUCUCAACAACUUUAGCGCACACCUAUCAAGGAGCCGGAGUGAAGCAGGGGCAAUUCUGGAAUUAAGUUAUGCAGACCUUCCUGCCAAUCUGAAAUUUUGCUUUUUGUAUUUGGGUUUGUUUCCCGAAGACUCCGUGAUUUCUGUGCGCAAGUUGAUCCAUAUGUGGGUUGCAGAGGGAAUAAUGCAGAAAAGAGAUGCAGUAAAUUUGGAGGAAGCUGCAGCAUAUGAUGAUGUGGAACGACUUUGUAGCAGAAAUAUGGUCCAAGUGGCGGAAAUGACUGUUGAUGAGAGGAUUAAAAGCUGUAGAGUCCAUGAUUUGCUGCGAGACCUUGCAAUCAGGAAGGCAGAGGAUGAAAAUUUUUUUCAGAUCCAUGACACUAGAGAUGAUCAAAUAUCAGCCAAAUCCAGGUACCUUGCUGUUCAUAGUCUCCCUCUGGAUAAAAAUUAUUUAGGGUCUUCGCCCCCUCCUCUCCGGUCUCUACUUUUUUUCAAUGUCCGGGAGGUUAGUCUUGGCUUCAGAAGUUUCAGAAAGCUUAGGAUACUAGACCUUGAGGACGUUAAGAUGGGUUAUAAUUUGCCAAAAGAAAUUGAUAAAGUCAGGCUCUUAAGGUACCUCGGUUUAAGAGACACAUACAUUGGAAAGCUCCCCCAUUCCGUCGGUUGCUUGCGAUACCUACAAACUCUUGACAUGCGGAGAAGGUAUGCAAAUUGGAAAGUGAAAGUUCCAAAUUUCAUUUGGAAGCUUGAAAGUUUACGGCAUCUAUAUGCGAAGGGUAUGGAAUGUGAUGUGCCUCUUAAGAUUGAAGGAUUGAGAAAUCUCCAGACUCUGUCAGGCAUACGCUUUGAUGACAUUAUGCACAAUGACAUGACAACUCUGACAAGUCUUCAGAAACUGGGGGUUUGGGUGGAUGAAUGGUCAGAGAUAGACGAACUCUGCAUGCAUUUAUCUGAGGUUGGAAGCCUAAAGAAGUUACAUCUUUUUGCGGAUGCAAUUAGGCUACAGCCAAUUCUAGCUGGACUUUCUAAUCUCCAUCGUGUAACAGAGCUUAAGCUAUCUGGGAGGGGUUUGUUUAUGCUGCCUCCUGAUUUCCCUCCAAAUCUCUCUCGCUUGUCUUUGAGUUCCACAUGGCUCGAGGAUGACCCAAUGCCAGCACUAGAGAAGUUGGGACAGCUGUCGUUCCUCAAAAUAAAGGAUGAUGCAUUCAGGGGACCAUGGCAUAUGGUCAUUUCUAGGCAUGGCUUUCACCAACUGAAAUUCCUUGAGCUCAGCCGCCUACGUGAUUUGCAUGAAAUAAAGGUGGAGAAAGGUGCAUUGCCACAGCUCCAGUGCCUGAGAAUCAGGGACUGCCCCAAUUUAGAAAAGUUGCCGGAAGAGUUGAAGCACAUCAUGUCAAUACAAGUAGUAAUUAAACCAAAAAAAAAAUUUCAAGUCUUCAACAGGCCUCAAAAAUCCUAA